AUGGGCACCCGGCAGACCAAGGGCAGCCUGGCGGACAGAGCCAGCCCCGGCGCGGCGCCCGGCCCCCGCCGCGAGCGGCCCGACUUCUCGGCGUCGCUGCUGCUGCGCGCCGGGGACAAGGCGGGGCGGGCGGGCGGCGGCGCGGGGCUGCCCCCCUACCACCGGCGCGUCGGCAUGGUCCAGGAGCUGCUGCGGAUGGUGCGCCAGGGCCGGCGCCAGGAGGCGGGCACGCUGCUGCAGCACCUGCGCCAGGACCUGGGCAUGGAGUCGACCUCGCUGGACGACGUUCUGUAUCGCUACGCCAGCUUCCGGAACCUGGUGGACCCCAUCACACACGACCUCAUCAUCAGCCUGGCGCGCUACAUCCACUGCCCUAAGCCGGAAGGCGACGCGUUGGGCGCUGUGGAGAAGCUGUGCCGGCAGCUUACCUACCACCUCAGCCCCCACUCCCAGUGGAGGCGGCACCGGGGGCUGGUAAAGAGGAAGCCACAGGCCUGCCUCAAGGCUGUCCUGUCCGGGAGCCCCCCAGACAACACAGUGGACCUGUCAGGCAUCCCGCUGACCUCCCGUGACCUGGAGCGGGUGACCAGCUACCUGCAGCGCUGCGGGGAGCAGGUGGACAGCGUGGAGCUGGGAUUCACAGGCCUCACGGACGACAUGGUCCUGCAGCUGCUGCCAGCACUCAGCACCCUGCCCCGCCUCACCACACUAGCGCUCAACGGCAACCGGCUGACUCGGGCCCUGCUCCGUGACCUCACUGACACCCUUAAGGACCCCAGCAAGUUCCCCAAUGUCACGUGGAUCGAUCUGGGCAACAACGUGGACAUCUUCUCAUUGCCCCAGCCCUUCCUGCUCAGCCUGCGCAAGCGCUCCCCGAAGCAGGGCCACCUGCCCACCAUCCUGGAGCUGGGUGAGGGCCCAGGAGGUGGGGAGGAGGCCUGGGAAGGGACAGUGGACCAGGAGGACCCUGGAGGGGGCCCUGUGGCAUCUGAUGAAGAGGGCGAGGAGACUGUAGCUCAGACAUGA